AUGGCAGCGGCAGACCUCAUCAUCGUAGCCAUCGCUGUGGUCCUGGGUUCACUCUACUUCUUCAGGGCCUCACUGUUCGGCGCAGGCGGGCCUUCAGCCUCCACCAAGCUCGCUAAUGGAUCUGCUCUCAGCGGCGAGAAUGGAGACGACGAGUUUGCUGGUGACUUUGUCGCGAAGCUCGAGAAGCAGAACAAGCGCAUCGCGAUCUUCUAUGGAUCUCAGACUGGUACCGCUGAAGAAUACGCCAUCAAGAUUGCCAAGGAGAUCAAGGCUCGAUACGGAGCCUCGUCUCUUGUAUGCGACCCCGAAGAAUACCAAUUCGAGAAGCUUGAUGCCAUGCCCGAGGGCUCGGCUGCCGUCUUUGUGAUGGCGACCUAUGGAGAAGGAGAGCCGACUGACAAUGCCGUUCCUCUCAUGGAGCUCAUCAAGGAGAGCCCAUCCUUUUCGAAUGGAGAAAGCCUUGAGAGUCUCAAGUAUGUCAUCUUCGGGCUUGGUAAUCGCACGUACGAGCAUUUCAAUGCCGUUGCCCGCCAGCUGGAUGAAGGAUUGUCUAAGCUGGGAGCCAAGCGCAUCGGCGAGCGAGGCGAGGGAGACGACGACAAGAGCAUGGAGGAGGACUAUCUCGCCUGGAAGGACGGCAUGUUCACCGCUCUUGCCACCGAGCUCGGCUUGGAGGAAGGGGCCGGAGGCGAUGUUCAAGACUUCGAGGUGAAGGUCCUGGCAGACCAUGAGGACGACAAGGUCUACAAGGGAGAGCUGUCAGCUCGAGCUCUGCUGGGAACCAAGGGUAUUCACGAUGCCAAGAACCCUUACAUGGCUCCUGUCAGCAAGGCCAAGGAGCUUUUCACUGCUGGAGAACGCACGUGUGUCCACCUCGAAUUCGACAUUGAAGGCUCUGGCAUCUCGUACCAACAUGGAGACCACGUUGCCGUUUGGGCUCACAACCCGGAGAAGGAGGUCGACAGGAUGCUUGCUGUCCUAGGUCUACUCGAAAACCGCGAUGCCGUCAUCGAUGUGACCUCUCUUGAUCCCACUCUGGCCAAGGUACCCUUCCCAACUCCUACCACCUACGAAACCGUCUUCCGUCACUACCUUGACAUUUCCGCGCAUGCAGGUCGUCAAUCUCUUCUCGGUCUGGCUGCCUAUGCUCCUUCGGAGGCCGUGAAGCAAGAGCUAACCAAGAUUGGAAGCGACAGAGCUUACUUCAACGAAAAGAUUGGCAAGCACUACUAUACCGUAGCAGAGGCUCUGCAGUCGGUCGCUGGGGACAAUGUUGACGGAGAUGUGCUCCAGAGCACAGCAUGGAAGAUUCCAUUCGACCGCCUGAUCUCCGCUAUUCCUCGACUGGGUCCUCGCUUCUACUCCAUCUCCUCUAGUCCGAAGGUGCAUCCGAAGACAGUACAUAUCACUGCUGUGGUACUGAGGUAUGCACCAGAGCACAAGCCAGAUCGCUUCGUGCAUGGGCUUGCCACCAACUUCAUCAGCUCGAUCAAGAUGAAGAUGAACGAUGAGAUGCCCACUGGACCGACCGACCCGCGCUACGGCACCCCCCUGUACAGCCUGGAUGGUCCCCGAGGAGCCUAUACCAAGGAGGGACUCUAUCGGUGCCCUAUCCACAUUCGCCGAGCGAACUUCCGCCUGCCCACAAGCCCCAAGAUCCCAGUCAUUAUGAUCGGUCCGGGUACUGGUGUUGCACCCUUCCGCUCCUUUGUGCAAGAGCGCGUAGCUGGAGCUCAAAAGGCGAUUGAGAAGAAUGGUCCGGACGCAUUGGCAGAUUGGGGCAACAUUUGGCUCUUCUAUGGAUGCCGCAAGUCCAACGAGGACUUCCUCUACCAAGAGGAGUGGCCGCAAUAUGCUGCUGAGCUCAAAGGCAAGUUCAAGAUGGAGACUGCCAUCUCCCGCGAGAAGUUCAAGCCAGACGGCUCCAAGGUGUACGUGCAAGAUCUGAUCUGGGAGAAUAGGGCGCAGCUGGCUAGUGAGAUUUUGGAGAAGAAGGGCGCAGUGUACAUCUGCGGUGAUGCCGCUGGCAUGGCUCACGAGGUGGAAAAGAUUUUGCUGAAGAUCUUGAGCGAUGCCAAGGGAAGCGAGGAGGCUGCCCAAAAGGAGGUCAAGCUGAUGAAGGAGAGGUCUAAGUGGCUUCUGGACGUCUGGUCGUAA